AUGGGGUAUGACAAAGGUAGCUCGGGUUGGUAUUUGAAAUUAAGUAGGAUUCAGCGCACCCCUACAACCUCAGCCUCAGCCUUAGCCUUAGCAUCACCCUCAGCCUCAGCCUCAGCAGCAGCUCACUCCUCUCCCAUACAGGAUCUAGGGUAUGCACCUUCAUGGUUCUUAUCAUUCCAAAGGGUCUUCUCAAGUUUCUCAUCUGAAGUGUGCACUGAGCUUCAAAAUAUUAAAGAAAAAGUUACAUCCCUUGAUCAGCGCGUCACUCACAUAGAGAAGUAUCAGGCUAGAUCUUCUAGGGGAGGUGAUCCCAUGGAUAUUAGCUCUGCUCCUCAUAGUGAUGAUGAUGAUUCUAAUGAAGAAACUGAGGAAAAUGAAGAAGGUUCUGCCAGAGAAGGUUACCAGGAAGAAGAAGAAGUCAGUUCCUCUCGUACCACUGAUCCUAUGGAUAUUAGCUCCACUCCUGCAAGUGAUGAUGAGGACUCCAAAAAUGGAAGUGAUGAUGAUGAUGAUAAGGAAAACAUAGAAGAAAAGCAUGGUUCUGAAGAAGAAGAAGACGAUGACUCAUAA